AUGUCAGCCCCACUCAAGCUGGCCGUCAUCGGCACCAACUGGAUCACCAACUCGUUCGUGCAGUCAGCCCAUGAAAGCAAGAGGUUCCAACUUGUGGCCGUCUACUCCCGCAGCCUCGAGACCGCACGCAAGUUUCUCGCGGAGACGCCGUCCAUCACCGAUGCUUCUUCCGUCAAGUCCUACGAUGAUCUGGGCUCGUUGCUUUCGGAUAGUUCCGUCGGAGUUGACGUGGUGUACAUUGCCUCACCCAACUCCCUUCACUAUGAGCAAGGAUUGCUGGCGCUGAACGCUGGGAAGCACGUCAUCAUCGAGAAGCCGAUUGCUUCGAAUGGCAAGGAAAUGGCGGCUCUGUACAGCCUCGCCGACUCGAAGGGCCUCUUUUUACUCGAGGCUUUCAGGCAUAUCCAGGAGCCCAACUUCCUCAAGCUGCAGAAGCUUCUGGACAGCGAGACCACUGAGGCUGGGAAAUUCGGUCCCAUCUACGGCGCCAGUGUCUCAAUGGCCGUUUACUCGUCUCGUUAUGCCAAAGUGCUUGAAGGCGAAGAGCCAAAUGUGCUCUCGCCCAAGUUCUCAGGGGGAGCGCUUUGGGACAUGGGGUGCUACCCUGUGAUGUUCUCAGUCGCUCUGUUCGGAAAGCCUGCAGCCCAGACUUAUCACCCCGUCAUCAUCCGCACUGGCGUCGACGGUGGCGGCCACAUCAUUCUCCAGUACAGCACGGAAACAUCCAGACACAAAGCCAAGUUCACCGUUCAUGCACACACAAGCAAGAUUUACACCUCGACCGCGCCCACCGAGAUAUACUGCGAGAAAGGCACCAUCAGAGUCAACGGUGCCACUGGUGUCACUGAUAUCAAUACCAUAGAGUUUGUGCCUCGGGGUUCAAAGGAAGGCGAGCAGCUGGCAGACACCAGGCCCGAAUAUCCAGGCUUACUGAAUCUGACAUGGGAGGCAAAGGAGCUGGGACGCAUAAUACAAGAAGGCGAUAGGAAAGCUGAAGGCACGCUGAGAGAGCUUACAACUGAUGUUUUGACGGCCAUGGAGAGCAUGAGAAAGCAAAACCACAUCGUCUUCGGUUCCGAGAAGUAG